AUGUCAGAUUUUAAAGUUAAAGCAGGAUUGGCCCAAAUGCUCAAAGGUGGUGUCAUCAUGGAUGUUGUCAAUGCUGAGCAAGCCCAAAUUGCUGAAAGAGCUGGUGCAUGUGCCGUUAUGGCAUUGGAAAGAAUUCCAGCUGACAUGAGAGCUUCUGGCCAAGUGUGUAGAAUGUCAGACCCACAGAUGAUCAAAGAUAUUAUGAAGACUGUCUCAAUUCCUGUUAUGGCCAAGUGUAGAAUUGGUCACUUUGUAGAAGCACAAGUCUUGGAAGCCUUGGAAAUCGACUAUAUCGACGAAUCAGAAGUGUUGACUCCUGCUGACAAGUUGUUGCACAUUGAGAAAAAGAAAUUUAAGGUUCCAUUCGUGUGUGGUGCUAGAAACUUAGGGGAAGCAUUGAGAAGAAUAGAUGAAGGUGCAGCAAUGUUGAGAACCAAAGGUGAGGCUGGUACCGGUGAUAUCUCUGAAGCUGUCAGCCACAUCGCCUUGAUCAAAAAGCAAAUCGAAGAAGUGUUAGCAUUGAAGACUGAUAAGGAAAUUGAGGAAUAUGCUAAGGAGAUUAGAGUCCCAGUUGAAUCAUUGGUCCAAUUGAUAGAGAACAAGGGUAAAUUCCCAGUGGUGAAUUUUGCUGCAGGUGGUGUUGCAACCCCGUCAGAUGCAGCAUUGUGCAUGCAAUUGGGAUGUGAUGGUGUUUUCGUUGGCUCGGGUAUUUUCAAGUCGAAACACCCUGAGAAGUUAGCAAAGGCUAUUGUCAAUGCUGUUACCCACUUUGACGACCCAAAGAAGAUUUUAGAGUACUCUACUGAUUUGGGAGAAUUGAUGUUCGGUGUCGCAGUUGGUGGGUUAAAAGAUACCGAAAAAUUAUCCUCGAGAGGAUGGUGA